GUCACGUGACUUAGUUUCUUAUCAUGGUUGGAAACCGUUUUUUCGAACGUCAAUCCUUAAUAGCGUUUGACAGAUCUUGAUGACUUUGACUAAAGAUGGCGUCUGUGGUAUUGCGAACGACAGGACGACUAGCUAAAAAUGUUCUCUUUCGCAAGACGUUGCGGCCCCUGUCAGCCAUACCACAGAAACGAGACCUUUCAAUACAUGAGUACAUGUCCUGGGAACUAUUAAAGAAUGCAGGUGUCAAAGUGCCCAAGUUCAGGGUAACAGAGAGUGUAGCUGAAGUGAGAAAAUGUGCAGAAGACCUUGUGGGCAAUGCACAGAAUCCAGAUGUUGUGGUUAAGGCCCAGGUGUUAGCAGGAGGUAGAGGGAAAGGUUACUUUACCAGCGGCCUUAAGGGUGGUGUGAAAAUAUGCUUCUCGCCGGAGGAAGCAGAGACUGUGGCCAGUAAGAUGAUUGGUUCCAAGCUGAUCACAAAGCAGACAGGGGAGGCAGGCAGGAUCUGUAACACGGUCAUGAUUGUGGAGAGGCUCUACCUACGCAGGGAGUACUACUUCGCUAUCGUUAUGGACCGAUCUUUUGCUGGUCCUGUGAUGGUAGGCAGUUCUCAGGGAGGAAUGAACAUAGAAGAGGUCGCAAGGGACAGCCCCACUGCCAUAAUAAAGGAGCCCAUUGACAUUAUAUCUGGUAUCAACCGGGAACAGGCUGUCAAUCUGGCAGCUCACAUGGGCUUUGAUGCCGCUGCUAUAGAUUCGGCAGCUGAAACGUUCAUGAAAUUGUACAAUGAUAUCUUUCUGAAGUACGACGCCACCAUGAUAGAGAUUAACCCCAUGUCAGAGGACAACCAAGGAAACGUGUUCUGUAUGGACUGUAAACUGAACUUUGAUGACAACUCUGCCUACCGUCAGAAGGAGAUCUUUAGUAAGCGUGACUGGAGCCAGGAAGACCCGAGAGAACAGCUGGCCGCCAAGUCUGACCUCAACUACAUUGGGCUGGACGGAAGUAUUGGUUGUCUAGUGAAUGGAGCUGGCCUGGCCAUGGCCACCAUGGAUAUUAUCAAGCUGCAUGGGGGGAAGCCAGCCAACUUCCUGGAUGUUGGGGGCGGAGCAACAUCGAAACAGGUCACAGAGGCAUUCAGGCUCAUCACAUCUGACCCCAAUGUAAAUUCAAUCCUUGUGAAUAUUUUUGGGGGCAUUAUGCGCUGUGAUGUGAUAGCCCAGGGCAUUGUUCAUGCUGGUGAACAGUUGAACCUCAAGAUUCCCAUUGUUGUGCGGUUGCAAGGUACACGUGUGGAAGAUGCAAAGGCUAUUCUGGCAGCCAGCCCUCUCAGAAUGUUUGCAUCUGACGAUCUGGAUCAGGCUGCUAAAAUGGCUGUCAAACUCGCUGGUAUAAUGACCUUGGCCAAAGAGGCAGAUGUGGAUGUGACAUUCGAAUUGCCUAUCUAAUAUGCAAACCCCAUAUCUAUUAGUUUAUAUAAAUUUGGACUUUUGAGUAUGUGUACAUACCAGAUGAAAAAGCAGACACUAUCAGUAUAUGUUGAUACACAAUCUCAAAUACUGGUUAUACAUGUUUUUGUAUGCAGAAAAUUAUAUCACCAAAAUUUUAAUUCAUUCAAUCCAUUGAAUUCAAUUUUUUCUUUACAUUGACAUUCAGUAUUUUAACACUGUUAAAUUUGCAACAGUUAUUUUUUUAUUAUAAAUCCCUUAUAAAUUUGUACAUGUUUCUUUAAAAGACAUAUUUGCUGAAAAUAAUUUAAAUUGUUAUUUAUUUUAGAUUAGCAAAAUUUAAGAACAUAUAGACAUAUAAAAAUAAAAUAGUAAUUAUAUGCAAUUAUAUUUACAAUUCUUCAAGCAAAUGAGUUUCAAAAAGAUAAUAAACCUACUUGAUUAUGCAAUUAUUUAGUUUAAAUUUACUUCAUGUCCCAUGUUAUUGAUAAAACUGAUCGGUACUUAACAUAAUUUUUGUAUCUGUUACUGCUUAAAUAAUUUCACUAAUCACUAUACUGUUUCUGAAACUGGACAUAUAUGUCAUAAUAUUGUUUUCUUUUGUUAUUGUUGUGUUUAUCUUUAUAUAAUGUAGUGUGAUUUUAUAAGUUAUGUAAAGCUUACAGUUAAUUGAGCGGACUACAAUACAAAAAUGAAUAUCUUACAAAAGAAAUGUCUAAGGCUAAAUCCUACUACUACUUUUUGAGGGCAAGUUCGUAAUAUUUUUGUAAAUUGUUUUUGUAAAUUGAAAUAAAAACUGGACCUAAUCAUUUACAUGUAAAGAUAUAUUAGUGAAAUUGUAAGUUUUUAUUUAAGAACUCCACUUUUUUUUCACAGAAUAUGUCAAUUCUUCAUUAAUUUUUUUAAAUCAGAUUCAUGGUUCUAAUAAUAAUUAGGCUGAGUUUUAUUUUGUUCCAUUGGAUAAGCUUGGGUGUGGCGGCUGUUUUUCGUAUAUGGCUAUAGUGGAAUAUCACCAGCUUAGUACAGGAACAUUUAAGCCCCUUUGGGUACAAAUGACUGCACUAGUGCCUUUGGCCCUCUUGUUUGCAUUAUUCUAACUAGUUUUUCUUUUUAAAACCAAAUUGCUGUUUUUUCCAACAUGUGUGGACUCUUUCCUACCUUUUGGUUGAACCUUGCUGAAAAUUGCCUGUAAAAAUAUAUUUACAUCUCAAGUUUAUUCUUCUUUUCAGCUAAAAUUAAUGGACAAGAUUUUACAAGAUUGUUUAAAUUUAUUAAAUGCAUUCAUUUUGUUGUUCUGAUGACGUUAACGUUUAUAUUGAAUGCAAUGAACUCAAUCAUAGAAAGUGCUAUGGAAAUAAGAUUUUUGAUUGUCCAUAUUAUAAAAUGUAUUAUUAUGAUUACUCAGUAACUGACUUAAAUAACUUUAAUGAGGUUAGAAUCUUUGAAUUAUAACUUAUGAUUAUUUCACUUUUUUAAAUGAAUUGAAUGAAUACUCACUGGUAUUCUGUCUACUUCAAAUUUGUUAAUUAUACAACAUCAUUUGAAAACUCAUUGACUACUUUUUCUCGGUACUACUACAGCAAGUGUAUUUAUUGAUCACUCCAUACCUCCUGCUUAAAUAAGAAAAUUGUUUUAGUGGCAUUAUUGUAUAUUAUACUAGUAUGUUGACUUUGGAAAAUGCGUUUGAAGUGCUUUUAAAUAUUGUUUUGAUAUUCCUCAAGUUGUUAUUUAAUAUGAAAGAAAUAAAAACUUGUUUUGUCUUUGAA